AUGGAGACCCCUGCCCCGAAGCCCCCGGAGACAGCUCUGUCCUCCCGGGACCUUGCUCUUCUGAAAGAUAAUCCAGAGGAUAAAUGGGGUCAGGGUCCCCUGGAAACCAGGUCCGAGGAAUCGGUGACUUUCAAGGAUGUGGCCGUGGACUUCACCCAGGAGGAGUGGGGCCAGCUGGACUCGCCCCAGAGGGCCCUGUACCGGGACGUGAUGCUGGAGAACUACCAGAACCUUCUGGCCCUGGAGCGGGAGCCCCGGCCGGAGGUGAAGGCGCCGUGUCAGCAGCAGGGUAUCCACGGGGCAGAGACGGCACAGGAGUCGGCGGUGGAGGGGCCGGUGAGGCCCCGUCUCCACGGCCUCGGCCCAGGAGCUGGCAGGGCCUGGGGGGGCCCGGGGGCUGCUCUGUCCGGAGGGGAGGCUGUGCUCGGGAGGAGCGCGCCCCCUGGCGGCGGGGAGGUCUUCGCGGAGGCGCGCCAGUGUGGACACAAGGCGUCCGCGGAGGCCUUGCCCCUCCGGUGGCCCCUCCCCGCCCAGCAGAGCACAGGAUCGCUCCUUCCUGCCGAGGGGGCGCCUCCUCACGGACACCCUGAGAGGUGCCGGCCCCCUGAGGCUGCCCCCCGGCACCAGGGGCCGCCCCCCGCCCGCAGGCCCCCUGGGCCCGGGGAGGGCCCCUUCCCGUGCGGCCAGUGCGGCAAGGCCUUCGGCCAGCGCUCCGCCCUCGCCCUGCACCAGCGCUGGCACGGCCGGGAGAAGGCCUUCCGCUGCGGCCAGUGCGGCAAGGCCUUCACCUGGAGGACCAACCUGGCCGAGCACCAGCGCAUCCACACCGGCGAGAAGCCCUUCCUCUGCGGCGAGUGCGGCAAGGCCUUCAGCUGCCACUCGUCGCUGAACGUGCACCUGCGCACGCACACGGGCGAGCGGCCCUACCAGUGCCCGGGCUGCGACAAGGCCUUCAGCUGCAGCUCGCUGCUCAGCAUGCACCGCCGCGUGCACACGGGCGAGAAGCCCUACCGCUGCGGCGAGUGCGGCAAGGCCUUCAACCAGCGGACGCACCUCACCCGCCACCUCCGCAUCCACACGGGCGAGAAGCCCUACAAGUGCGGCGCCUGCGGCAGGGCCUUCGCCUGCCACUCGUCCCUGACGGUGCACGAGAGGACCCACAGCGGCGACAGGCCCUUCAAGUGCGGCGACUGCGCCAAGGCCUUCAACUGCCGCUCGCGCCUCGCCCUGCACCAGCGCGUCCACACCGGCGAGAAGCCCUUCAAGUGCGGCGACUGCGGCAAGGCCUUCAUCUGCCACUCGUACCUGGCGGUGCACCAGCGCGUGCACAGCGGCGAGAGGCCCUUCAAGUGCAACGAGUGCGGCAAGGCCUUCGGCUCCCACUCCUACCUCAUCGUGCACCGGCGCGUGCACACGGGCGAGAAGCCCUUCGACUGCAGCCGCUGCUGGAAAGCCUUCAGCUGCCAGUCGUCCCUCAUCGUGCACCAGCGCGUGCACACGGGGGAGAAGCCUUACAAGUGCGGCCAGUGCGGCCGGGCCUUCAGCCAGAACCACUGCCUCGUCAAGCACCAGAAGACGCACGCCGCGGCCAGGCCGGAGUUCAAGUGCGCCGAGUGCGGCCAGGCGUUCGGCUGGAGCAGCCACCUGGCCGCGCACCAGCGGGCGCACCGCGCGGAGCAGCCCUUUGCCGGCCCGUUCGACCAGCGUCUGCUGGGCACCUACGGUGUGGGCGUGAGCGGCACGGACCCCAUAAACCCGCUGGCCGUGGCCGAGCUGCUGCGUGUGGUGCAGCCCUCGGCCGGCAGGAGCCUCCCCCUGGGCAGCAAACCCGGAGAUUAG